CGUGCAAAGCAGGAAGAGCAACYGGCUCUGUUUUGGAGCAGAGCCGAAAAGGAACCGGAUCGGAGGAGUCAUGAAACCUGUGGAGGUGCUUCUUCUUCUCACGGUGGGAUCAGUUUGUGGACGAGUUGCUGCAGAAAGAAAACUAGCUUACGUGUCUGUGUUGUUUCGACAUGGGGACAGAUCACCAAUCAAAGCCUAUCCCACUGACCCCUACCAGGAGAGCGCCUGGCCCCAGGGCUUCGGACAGCUGUCUCAGGAGGGGAUGAGGCAGCACUAUGAACUGGGUCAGUUUCUGAGGUCUCGAUACAAGAACUUCCUCAACGAGUCCUACAGCCCGCACGAGGUCUUUGUUCGCAGUACAGAUGUCGAUCGUACUCUGAUGAGUGCAGCGGCCAACCUGGCAGGUCUCUACCCUCCCAACAGUCAGCAGAUGUUCAGACCCGACCUGAAGUGGCAGCCCAUCCCCGUGCACACAGUACCGCUCAGCGAAGAGAGGCUUCUCUCGUUUCCCCUGGACGACUGUCCUCGCUACAAACAGCUGAUGAAUGAAACCGAACACACACCAGAGUUUAUUAAUGCUAUCUCAACAUACCAGGAUCUGAUUGAGUUGGUGAAGAAUAAAACAGGACUGAAGAAUACCAAUGUGGAGACGGUGUGGAGCGUGUACGAUACACUCUUCUGCGAGUCCCGCCACAACAUGACCGCACCUGACUGGGUGACCCCCGAUGUCAUGGAGAAGUUGAAGAACCUAAAAGACUUUGGAUUUCAGGUCAUUUUUGGGGUGCACAAACAACAAGAGAAGAGUCGCUUGCAGGGAGGUAUGCUGCUUAAUGAAAUUGUGAAGAAUCUCUCUAAGAUGGCCACUCCAGACCCGACGCAGCAACUCAAACUCCUGAUGCUGUCAGGACAUGACACGACCGUUACUGCUCUUCAGGCUAGUUUGAAUGUGUUCAAUGGAAUCCAACCGCCCUACGCCUCCUGCCACAUCUUUGAGCUGUACAGAGAGGACAAUGGCUCUGCUUCAGUGUCCAUGUUUUACCGUAACGAUUCCAACAUGGAGCCGUACCCGAUUCAGUUGCCCGGCUGCUCUCUUAACUGCCCCCUGGAGGAUUUUUUGGAAAUUACAAAGGGCUCCAUCUCAGACGACCGGGACAAAGAGUGUCAGCUUCCGUCACAGAGGAGCGAUAGAGAAGUCAUCAUUGGCCUGGCCGUGUCCGGUUGCGUGCUCUUCGUCUUCAUUGCCUUACUCCUCUUCUUUAUUUGUCGGCAAAAGGAGGAGGCCGGCAGCGGAUACCAGCACGUCGUCAACCAGGAAGCUGGCGAGGAAUCCUGACAGAGGUGCAAACUCCUCCCUCGGAAAUCUACGCGCUUCACUUCCUGGGACAGCAGCGAUGAUGAGAACGAUGAACUAUGACUGGAGAAAACGUCAAAACUGUCUAAAAUUCAGUUUGUGUCAUGGUUUUGGUAAAUGAGGGUGGAUGUUUGUUCCUGUCUGAGAGAUCCAGUCACCAAAACGCCUUAAAUCUUUUUUCUUAUAUAUGUUUCAAGCCCUGUUUACAUCCCUCCAGUAUUUAUUGAAACCCAUAUUUAGUUGUUUUUAUUUUCAUGUCCUCACUUAACAACCACCUAACAUCUGAAACAAGUCAUUUUGAGUUUUUUUCUCCAAAACUUGUUUUUUGUGUAAAAAUGAAGAUUCAGUUCAGCAUUAAAUAUUAAUUUUGAAAAAUAUCUGGAGUAGUGUGAACAGGGUUUCAGUGGAACGUGGUGUUUGUUGGGUCUUUAAAUCCCAGCUCCUUCAGGCCAGUUUAAUAAUAUUAAACAGUGGAAUUCAUUAAUGGUGUAAAUUUAGAAACAGCGGUGAAAAUAAAAUGUACUUUUGUGCACUUUAACAUUCCUGCCUUAAAAAAAAAAGAAUGGAUAAUUAUUUGAAUAAUGGUGAAACAGAACAGAUUACACGGACUCUCUUAACCCUCCUGCUGCCUUUGGGUCAAAUGAGACCUUGUGGUUCAUUUUGACUGUAGGGCAGCAGUGGGGUAAAUAUAUUGUCUGCAUCUCUAUAUUAUCUGUUACGUAAACACAGCAGAAUAGUUUCCUAAUCCCUCUGCUGUCCUUGAGUCAAACUGACCCAUGACUCUUUGGUUUGACCCUGUGGGUUAUCCUGGCCCAAGGGCAGCAGGAGGGUUAAAUAUAAUGACCAAGCGACAGUACAGAAAAUUACAAUCUUAAUUAAAUUUAACAGGGAAACACGUGUAUGAUUACUUAUUGUCACAUGCAAGUUUAACCCUCCUGCUGCCCUUGGGUCAAAAUGAUGAGGCCUCAGUGGAUUUCUUUUUUGACCCGAGGUUAGCAGGAUGGUUGGUAAACUGGACCUGAUCAGUUCUGUUUACACAGCAGUUUAGAAGUUGUUUUAAAAGUGAAUCCCUGUAGGUUAUUUUGACCAAGGGCAGCAGGAGGUUGAAGUAUGACUAGUAAUAAACGCCUGUGUUUAAUUUAGUGCGUGAAUGAUUCUUUUAUCACAGAAGUGAGUUCAACGGUCCUGCUGUCCUUGGGUUAAAAUGGCACAGCAGGCCUCACUAGGUCAUUUUGACCCAAAGAAAACAGGCGAGUUGAGAAACUAUGUAAUCUGUUCUGUAUUCAUGCAUCAGUUCAGGGGUUGUUUUGACCCAAGGACAGCAGGAGGGAUAAUCUACUUCCAGAAUCAUGUGGGAUCUUUUUCACUGAAUGCAGAUUAGGAACUAUGAUGGUCUAAUUUUUUACACUUGUGCUCACUUUUCUUAAACUGAGAAAUCAUUUGUUCAUCAAAUCACCUGUUUCAUGUUCUUGCAAAUCAUGGUCUGGAUUUUGAAAAUGUUUAAAAACAUUUUUAAUUCAAAUAAAUGGUUUAAAGUUGGA